CUACGUACGCGCCUGGGGAGUGCGCUACGCGAUACAUAGUUGGUGCCAGGAAUUGCUUUCCCCGUGGGAGAGCGACGUAAAUUUGUUACAUAUAUUAUUGUGUCCGAUUAUUCGUGAAGAAUAUAUCUCGACGUGAGAAUUUCCCGGGAUGUCCGUGCCGGAAAUCCCGUGGAACGAGCUGACGAGCCCGAUGAUAUCGGAGCUGGCUGAGUGCUCGCGAAUGAAAAACGAGGAAGGUAUAGUUUCCUGUCUCGUGCGAAUCAAACGAGAUUCCAAACGUUGUCAGGAGUUCAUCAAGCAGACCGACAAUCUUCUCGUUCUUGUGCAGUUUCUGCAAUCACGUAAUCAUGCUAUACUUAACACGUGUCUCAGCAUACUCGCGGACGCUUGCUUGCUCUCGGACGUCAGGGAUAAGAUAAAACACAGCAAGAUAGGACACAAUGUGACGGUCAUAAUAAAAAAUCCAAAACUAAAUUCGAAGAUAUACUGCCGGGCUUACAGGCUCAUCGGUAACUUGUCCAAAUGUAGUUGGCACGCCAAAGUUUUGUACACCGCUGGAGUGGUAAAAGCUCUUGAACAGUGUUUAGUUAAGAGCUCAAAGAUCAAUGUCGAGUGGUUUACUCAUCUCAUGGCUGUAAGAGCUGCAGGAAAUAUUUGGAGCGUUUGCACAGACAGCAGAGAAGAAAUAAUAAAGAAUGAGAUUGUCAGACUUGUUGCGUCUAUAUUUAUCUUAGCUGAAAAGGAGACCAACUACAAGCUCAUGGACGAGUGUUUGAAGGCGUUGUGUAAAUUUCUUGACACCUUCAACUAUCAAUGCGGCAAUCAGAUACAAGUGGAUUCCAAAAAUCAGGGCUACAAGAGUCUUAUACAUUAUUGCAAAACUAGCAACAAUAUAAUGGCCAUAAAGUGCCUUUUUAGUCUCUGUCAGAUAGACCAGUGCCGUUUGUACCUAGGCAUUGCUGGUGCGAUCGAACAGUUCAUUGAUAUGAUAAACUCCGAGCAUAUACACAAGGAGAUACUCUAUAGCUUGUGUUUGUUCUGUUUGGAAUCGGUGAAUCGAGACCGCAUAAAGAUCGGCGGUGGACUUCAAGCGAUGUUGGCGGUGCUCGAGAAAUCCAAAUACGAACAUUAUCAUCUUAUAUUGAUGCAAGCGAUCUUACAGUUCAAGUUUGAUGAAGACGCGCUCAGAAUUCUGACCAAAAAUGGUAUAUUAAAUAUUUUGGCCGCGAAACUGACCGAUAUGGCUGCCAUGGCCGCGGAAAAGACCAACAAAGUAUCCAAGAAACGUUCCAACGAUUGUUCGCUCGAGGAUAUGCGAACGUCCUUCAAAUACUAUCAGAAUAAGAUGGGAAGAUUCAGUAUGGAUUUUUUUGGACGAGAUGAUUGGAGCCCGAGAAGUGCCUCGUCUUCGUCACCACCUGGCACACCGUCCUCGUCGCUUUCUCCAGCUUCGUACAUGGAAAAUGAUGACCUGGAAGAUAACAUUUAUAGUCCGGUUUGUAGCGGAACUGAAAGUAACGAUAGCGACGAAGAUGAGGAAGCCUCUUCCUUGGGAAGUUGCAAGUCGCUAACGAUCAAAAGCUUAUCGGAUAAAUGUGAUUUCGAUCUCGGAACGCCCUCAAUGUCUUGCAAAGAUUGUACGUUGUUGUUGCUGAUCACAUUGAGUCGAUUUCGUAGCAUCGACGGACUAGCCCAUUCCGCCAUCAUUAUGCCGCUGCUAAAGUUUAUAAAAUAUACAAUUGUGAACGACGCUCAAAGGAAAGCCGUUAGAAUAUUGAAAAAUAUCACGGAAAAUCCGGAAUAUUUUGUCUCGUUGCUGAGGAAUGGUUUGAUUUUUGAGGUGCAAAAUCUGCCAGAUUCGGAAGAGUACACGGAGUUUAUUCUGAGGACAAUAACCGGUAGUGCCAUUGGUCACUUGGGAUUUUCGUUGCUGCGCGAACAUGAAGAUUACAAGCUGUUAACGGCGGUUUCGAUACCGCUUCUGAUCAAGGAUUAUCACAAUCUCAAUCUCUUGUUGGAAAAACACGGAGGAUUAAAACUUAUAUUUCGUUUGCUAAGAGAAUCGUUGCACAAGUUGCAUGAGCGAGCGAUCUGGUCGAUUUGUCAGCUUGCAAAAUCGCUCAAGAUUCAUCCAGUCGGUCAGUUAAUCGUCGAAGAGUCGUACGAUUACUCGAUACCGCCCAGCAAAACAGAUUACGCAAAGCCAACGGUGUCACCGACAGUUACGUUCGUGCUUGAUGAUGACUCGACCGUCGAGGCGUGCAGACAAACGCUGUGUCAACGCUCGGAGGUUUUCUCGGCCAUGUUGAACGGUAAUUUCAGCGAGUCGGGCAAGAGACGCGUGCAAUUGAAAGACACUUCGCGCGACGGCCUAAACACGCUUAUAUUGGCGGCGAGCGGCGCAACAUUCGAACAGGAGAGCAUUGAGUCGCUACUGGACGCCGUUCUGCUGGCCGACAAGUUUCUCAUGCUCGAUUUGACGAAACCGUUAAUCAAGAGCUGCAUAGCCAAGCUUAACUACGAGAGUUUUUGUCAGGCUUGGAAGUGGGCCAGAAAAAAUUCUUGCCACGAGUGGCGUUCUUAUUGCGUAAUGAGCUUUCUCACCGCGGAAAUGUCGUGGAGUCAGACAAUGCAAGCGUUUCGCGACUUUUACGCAACUGACGCUUUUGACGAUUUCCUGCACGAAGUUAGGAUGUUAAUCGUAGAAAAAUUAAAGAUUUAAUUACAUACCGAGCAAUUGUUGAAAA